GAAAGAAAGCAGAAGCCCCUGCCAUAUGAAAAGUAAGCAUUUCUUGACUUGUCUGCAUACUGUUCAUAAGAGCUAUAUUGGUGCGCAUAUUAUUGAAUGCACACCGAAGAGCCAGGCUUAGUUGAAAUCCGCACUCAAUGGUUGAUUCCCCAGUGACACGAUCGCACAAAACCAACGAGCCCGAUCAUUCGGCAUUGCACGAAGGGGAAAUUGUUGCUCAAGAGAGUCUUCCCCGCUAUUUUGCCAAGUCAGGACCAGUGGAUGCUGAUCCCCGGAAGACAAAGAAAGAUGGAGGCGGAAAACGAAACUGGGGCCGCUCUGGCGAUGAAGUGCACGACUAUGGCUACAAUUUUACGAACACACGACGCCACUCAAACAGUAGCGCUCAGGGCAUUGCGGACUUCAAGACAAAGUUCGAGGCCGUUGAACCAGAGCCAGUUUUUGAAGAAAACGUGCAUGGGCCCGAUGCCCUUCCUCCGGAUGACGACAUGGUAAGAAAACUUGAUAGCAUCAACAGCGAUAACACCGAAGGUAGUGAAGUCAUUUGGAACAAGCCAUAGCUAUAUCGGGUGAGGUAGCCAGGGAUCAAGAUGAGAUUUGUUCAAGAGUGACUUCACUGAGACAGGGUAAACCAGCAAGAGCUAUGAAAUCCAACGAGAUAGUAGUUUGACUGCGCUGUGCGAUCGAGGUGCCUUGCUCGAACAGAACAAACCCUUAAAUAUGCAGAAACAGAUGCUGCAGCCUCGCCUAAA